AACAUUUAUAAAAAAGUGACACACACGCCAUAAUGUAAAUUGCUUCUCGAUUUGGCGUUUGAGUUAAAAAAUUUACAUUUUGAUGUUAAAAAUUCGUUUGUAAUGUUUAAAUAAGACAUUUAAAAUGUCCUUAGUAAAUAUUGGCUAAGCUCUUGCAAUGGCUCAAUUUUACCACAUAUUGGGAGCACAAGGACAUCAAGUUACUAUUGAAGAUCUACAAAGAUAUUGCCCUAAUAUUUGCGUAGAUGGUAUUAUAGUCAAUCAAGAUGACCAACAACAAUAUGGACAACAACAGGUGGUGGUACAGCAAACAGAUCAACCAAAUGAUAUUAUAGUUAGUGAAGGUGUACAAACACAAUUGGUUGUAAGUGAUGGCUUGCAGUACCAGCCCCAGUAUAUUAUCCGUCAUGAGCCCCCCCCGCCGCCACCGCCGCGAGCUGACUUCCAACAACAGCAGCAGCAGCAGCAGCAGCAGCAACAACAACAGCAGCAGCAACAACAACAACAGCAACAACAACAGCAGCAACAACAACGGUCACUACAUCCACACCAAGUUUACUACACAUCUGACUUACCUGUGGAUGCUCAGGUUGUGUUACAACAGGCCCAACAGAUCAUUGAUGCAUCUUUGAUGCAACAGUCAUCUCCACAACGUCAGCAACAUCAGCUAGUGAGUCCGGCACACGUGCUGUCGCAACCAACUGUGAUACAUCCUGCGCAACAGCCGCCGCCGCAGCCGCCACCUCCGCCACCAACGCCCCAACAUGCACCCCAGCAAACGCAAUCGCAACAACAGCAGCUUUCGCGAGCGUCCCCCCAACUCAUCCAGCAUUUUCAACAACAACAACAUCAACAACAGAUUCACCUGCAGCAGUUGCAGCAGCAGCAGCAGCUGCAGCAUCAACUGCAACAACAACAGCAGCAUCAACAACACAUGCAGGCUCAACAGAUACCACAUCAGCAAGUUGUUAUGCAGUACAUCAAUCAACCUGGCAGCGCGGCGCGCGCGGCGGCCCCGCGGCUGCUGAACCAGUCGCUGGGCGCGGGCGGCGGCGUGACGCUGGUGCGCGCG